AUGACAACUUAUGACGCGAUAAAGGACGAAGUGGUAGAAUCGGAUUCGAAUAGACCUCCUGUACCUAAAAGUCAUAAUAGCGUUAUGGAAAUCAAACAAUUGACGGCUCCGGCUCCUGCUCCUGCGUCGCAGGCUCUGGUGGCGGUUGCUACUCAACAACACCAUGGCGAAUCACAAUCUCAAAGGAUAUCAGAUUUAAUGAACCCUACACCUCCAGUGGAACCCCAACCAGUAGUUUUAGUGGAGCCAGUACAGCAACCUGCAAUAGUACCUGCUCCAACAGAGGCUCCACCUACAGUCGCGCCCCAAGAACCAACCACGCCCUAUAAGCAACAAAAUUCCAUGAGAGUCUCAGAUAUGGUCAACUCAGACCAGGAUCCGACAGAAGACCAAUCUAUGAUUGACGAUGAUCCCGAAUCUCCUGACAGAGUACGAACAAUCCUAACGCAUCCAGACGACUACGUCCCAUACGUCCCAAAACCAAGAACAGCCAGAAGAUCCGUAGUUCUACCAUCUGCGCGUACAUAUAAACAUUUGAAGAAGAAGGAUGGAGAACCAUUCUGGAGGAGAGACAUCCAGUACGAGUUUCAGAAACAUAUUUUCGAUAACAAACAAAAGGUAUUCACUAAUCCUUUUGAGGAUCCAUUCAUUCCUGGCUACAUAAAUGAGCCCAAAUUUACAUUUGCUGAGCUUUACGUAAGAACUUUAGCAGAAUCUGGAAAAUGUUCUAAGAUUCUUAAAGAACGGUUACUCAAAGAAACUGAAAUGGGAAUUUCGGUGCUGAAAGUUUGCUUAUUAGUAAACUCUGGCAGAAUGAACACUACGAUUAACUUUGUACCAGAAAUGAGAUCCACAUUAAGAACAUAUCAUUCAAUUCCAUCGUUACAAGCAGACCCAGUGCAUGGAGGCUCCAAACCUUUACAAGACACCCCCAGAUUGAAAUCGAUUUUGAAGUCUGUGAGUGACGGAAUCGAGCCAUAUAAGAUAUUGGAAGAUUUAUUACGUCACCCCAAGAGAGACAAACCAAACACAAAUGUCAUCGACUUGAUCUUUCUAUUAAGUAAUCAUACACAUGGUAUCAAAUAUUAUGUGGAAGAUGUCAGCACUGAGAACAGUUUUAUGGAUUUCUUUUUAAAUACCCAUAUUCACCCACAGAAUAGAGCUCAAAGAUUUUUAUGGUUAAUGUAUACUUAUUUGGAAACGAGCUUCUCAAAUGAUGAAUUAAUUGAUAAUCCUUUCGGAGAUGGCCUGGGAUUACCAAGAAUCCCAAACGUCCAAACAAUCUCGCCGGAAGAAAUUGCAAAGUAUGAUGUGGAUACUGAUUUUGAAAGGAAAUAUUCGGAAGAAAUGAUUAUUUUGAGACAAAGGUAUUUAACUGAUGAAGAACAUAACAGCACUCCAAAGAGAGGUAAUAAGUCUAGGAAGGAUAAAGAAGAAGAGGAAGAAAUCAUGCAAGCUCAGCAAGAAACGACUGCAGCAAUUGCAGGAGCUUCAAUGGAGAAUGGAACUACCAAUGGAGAGGCAAAUGGAGGAACAGUUGCAGGGUGGGAAGAAUACGAUGAUAAGAAGAGGCACCUUGACGAUAUGGACGAAAUUAAAAAAAGGGCAAAGAAAACGGUGCCAUUCAGCGCAUCAAUAAGCUCGCCAUUAGCUCACUCUGUUGUCUCUGCAAACAAUAGACAUCUAGAAGACGCAGACAAUGAAGGAUAUCAAGAUCAUAUUACUUCGGAGGGUAAUGCAAUUUCUACCAAUGGGAUUGUAUCGAAAGAUGGUCAUGCUGCUCACAGUAAUAACCAAGUGAUAAUGUCCUCAAGUCAUUAUGGAAAUAAUGGUGUUGCCUCACCUUUCACGGCUUUAGGAGCACAUACAUCUAGAAUGAAGAAUUCAGACCAUAAUCCGGAAUUUCCUAUUGAAAAUUUGGACGCUAUCCUCGAUAAACUUCAAGAGUUAUCAUCUACAAAUAUAGCUCCACACAAUAGGACCUCUAUGGCUUCCCAUUUGAACAUUUUGAAUAAGUCAAAGCCUCAAAUUCGUCAGUACCGUAGUAAUGCUAAGAUUUCUAACCAAGAGUUCAUAAACAAGACAGAAGAAUUGAAAGAGAAGAUAAACAAAUACUUUCAAUACAAAAAGUCACUAAAUAAUGGCCUUCUUGGAAUGGAGUGGGAAAAUAUUAGAUACGAUCUCAUCAACGGGAUCGAAAGUUUCGCAUAUAAACAACAAGGAAAGGCUUUCCAUUCCCUUUUACAGCAAAAGAAUCCUGGUGAAAAAGUUUCUGAACAAAAUUCAGUAAGUACAUCUGCAAUGGGCUCUUCUAGUGGAUCGUCCGCUUCUGCUACCAACGAACCCGAUGAAAUUGGAUUUGGAUUCGUGCCAAUAUAUGACUUCAAUAAGAUUAAUGAAUUAAACAUAUUCGUGAAAAAUUUGAUUCGAAAUUCCAAUGAAUCUUUGGCUAUCGAAGAGUCCAAAUCUUUAAGGAAAAAUAAACCAUUGAAUAAGAACUACAUAAAAUUUAAUUUGGCAGAAGGAAAGACAGACAUUAAUUUAGAGUUUUAA